AAAAAAAAAAGCUACAAAACUAUCUACUGAUUUCUUUGACACACGAGGAAUACAAAAUCAUGCCUAAUGUCAAUUAUUGUACUUUGUCAUUUUUAUUCAUUCAGUGAUAAAUUAAAGUAUAUAAUAUAAGUUAUUUAAUAGUAACAUUGGAAUAUAUUUUAGAAAGAAAUAAUGAUUUUUAUCGAAAAAAUGCAGUGAUUCUUGAUAUUCAAUACAAAUAAGAUAAGUCUUCAUAUACAUACAUCAUAUCAGAAUCUUAUAUUAAAAAUUUUGGAAAAUAACAUUUUAUUGAUAAACAUGUCAUCAUCAGAACAAUCAAUGAUUGUACAAUCAAAAUUUGUCUCAGGAGAGACUGUAAUAAUUAAGGCAAUGGAAGCAUCAUUGAUACAAGGUUGGGUUAAAGCUGCACGGAUUAUAGCACUUCUUAACAAAGGAACCACUCAUGCAUUAGUUAUUUUAAUUACUUCAAGAACACCCCCUCAAGUUUAUAGUGAUCUUACCAUAGAAAGAGUAUUGCCUAUUGAUCAAGAUUUUAAAUGUAAUAUAAAUACUGAUGACAAACAACAAGAUAGUUUAGAUGUUUAUCUUAAUGUAACAUCAAGAAAAUUACAUUUAAUAUUUGAAAUGAGACCUGGAGUAGUAACUAGUUCCUUAGUAUCUGAAAUAUUUAGAGCUAUAGAAGUAUAUCAAAAAACUAAGAAUUCAGCAUCAGAAUUUUUAUGGAUCCAAAAAUUAACAGGAAAUACACGUAACUUAAAUUCCAAUAUCAAUGAAGAAGUACAAGAUAAUACUGAUCCUCUGGUAGAUUUAGAAAGUCCAGUUCUAGUUGUAACAAGACGUAGUAUUGCUUCUGGCAAAUCACCAGUAGCUGCUAGGGAGUCAGCAGUACGAUAUCAAAUGGCAUGCAAAGAGGAUGAUUAUACAUACAGUAAAACAUUUCGUAUAUUUAUUGGUACAUGGAAUGUAAAUGGCCAACCACCAAAUGGUAUUAAAUUGCAUAGAUGGUUGAGUUAUGAUAAGACACCUCCUGAUGUAUAUGCAAUUGGAUUUCAAGAAUUAGAUUUAACUAAAGAAGCAUUUCUUUUUAAUGACACUCCAAGAGAAGAAGAAUGGAGACAAGUUGUAGCAAAAUCUCUUCAUCCAAAUGGUAUUUAUGAGCAAGUAGCUAUUGUAAGAUUAGUGGGUAUGAUGUUACUAAUAUAUGCUUUGCAUAAUCAUGUACCAUACAUAAAAGAUGUAUCAGUUGAUACAGUAGGUACUGGCAUCAUGGGUAAAAUGGGUAAUAAAGGAGGUGUAGCAGUAAGUUGUUCUAUUCAUAAUACAUCUAUUUGUUUUGUUAAUGCUCAUUUAGCAGCACAUUGUGAAGAAUAUGAAAGACGAAAUCAAGAUUAUGCAGAUAUAUGUGCGCGAUUAUCUUUUACAAAAUAUGUUCCGCCUAAAAAUUUUAAAGAUCAUGACCAGAUCUAUUGGUUAGGAGACCUGAACUAUCGAAUAACUGAAAUGGAUGUCAUGGUCGCUAAACAAUAUAUAGAUGAAGAAAAUUAUUCUGCUGUCUUAGCUUUAGAUCAAUUAGGUCAACAACGGCGACUAGGCCGCGUUUUACAAGGAUUUCAAGAAGCAGAAAUUACAUUUAAACCAACAUAUAAAUAUGAUCCAGGCACUGAUAAUUGGGAUUCAAGUGAAAAAGGUAGAGCACCAGCAUGGUGUGAUCGUAUAUUAUGGAAAGGCGAAGCAAUUACAUCAAUAGAUUAUAGAAGUCAUACUGAAUUAAAAAUUUCAGAUCAUAAACCAGUUAGUGCAAUUUUUGAUUCUCAGAUUAGAAUCAUAGAUAUGGCAAAAUAUCGUAAAAUCCACGAAGAAGUUAUGAAAAAACUUGAUAAAUUAGAAAACGAAUUUUUACCACAAGUGAUGGUUGAUACAACAGAAAUUAUAUUUGAUACACUAAAAUUUCUUGAACCUAGUAGCAAAGAACUUAUCAUUGCUAAUACUGGCCAAGUACCAGUUCAAUUUGAAUUUAUAAAAAAAUUAGGUGACACUAGUUAUUGUAAAGAAUGGUUGGAUAUAGAACCAUUUAAAGGUUUUAUAAAACCAGGAGAAAAAUGUGAUACUAGAUUUGAAAUAUAUGUUGAUAAAAGAUCAGCAUGUAAAUUAAAUUCAGGAGAAGAUAAAUUAUAUGAUAUUUUAAUUUUACAUCUGGAAGGAGGAAAGGAUAUAUUUAUAACAGUUACAGGUACCUAUGAAAGAAGCUGUUUUGGAUCUUCAAUGGAAGCUUUAGUUCACAUUCCAGUACCAAUUAGAGAAAUUCCUAUUGGUAGAUUAAUGGAACUUGAAAAUAAUAAAAAUCUUUCUCAAGAACCAUAUGCUAUACCUAAAGAAAUAUGGCUCUUAGUUGAUAGGUUGUAUCGACAUGGUAUAAAAACGACGGGACUUUUUGAAACACCCGGACUUCCCAGUGAAAUUAUAGCUAUAAGAGAUUGGUUAGAUAAUUGGAGUCAAGAUCCAAUGCCUGGUAGUGUUCACUCUGUUGCAGAAGCAUUACUUUUACUUCUAGAGUCUACAGCUGAACCUUUAAUUCCAUACAACCUGCAUAGUGUGUGCUUAUCUGCUGCAACAAAUUAUUUACAAUGCAAACAAAUUGUAAUGCAACUUCCAGAAAUAAGGAGAACAGUUUUUGUUUAUAUUUGUUAUUUUUUACAAGAAUUAUUAAAUCAUACUCAAGAUAAUGAACUGGAUGCUAAAACUCUUGCAACAAUAUUUGGAUCAAUUUUCUUAAGAGAUCCACCAAGAAGUAGAGGUGAUAAAAAUCAGAGAAGUCGUACUCAAGUUGUUCAAGCAACAAUUGAUCGGAAAAAAGCUGCAUUUGUUUAUCAUUUUUUAAUAAAUGAUCAAAGCGAUUUUAUUCUUGGUCGAUAAUAAUAUUUUUAAAAUUAAAAACAAGUAUUUAUUAAAUGCAAAUUCAGCUAAUGGAAGCUUCAAAAGAAAUGAAACAUUUCAAGUGUUCUAUUUAGGUAAAAAUAAUCAUAUAAGUACUAACAUUAAAUAAAUAUUUUGUCACAUUAAUAUUUAUGUAAUAGUACUUAAUUAUGCGAACAAAAUUAUAAAGUGAAAUAAUGCACGUGAAUACCUUGCCAAUUUAAAAAUAUUUUUUAAUUAAGUAUAUUAUAUGAUAUAAAAUAACGAAAUACUCGUAAUAAGUAAGAAAUUUGUUACAAUUUCAUCUAGUCUUUGUUUAGUUUGAAAUGACUAAAUAUGUAUUAUAUAAACUUAUUAGAAUAAUAAGAAGAAAUUAUUUGACUUAUUUUAAAUUAAUUUUAUAAUAGCUUGUAGUUAUUAAAUAUUUAAAAUUAUAAUACUCUAAAUAUAUAAGAUAACUGAAAACUCCAUUCUUGUUUAAUUGCUUAUAAUUGUAUUAUAUUAUAAAAUUAUUGAAAUUACUCUUAUUAAUACAUGUUAACUUUUGUAUCAAAGUUUUAUUAAAAAAUACAUAUAAAUUGUAAUAAGAAAUGUAGCUUAUAGUAUUUUAUAGACACAUAAUUUAACAAAUCACAAGACAAUUACAUGUAUAAUAAAAAGAAAAAAAUGAAAAUAAUUGAUACAUAAAAUUUUAACGGUGAUCAAAUCUAAAGAUAGAUGUUUAUGUAUUAUAAAUUCAAAAAAAUGCAAAACAUGAUAUUAAUGAUAUUAACAUAAAAUGAUAUUAAAAAUGACUUUUAGAAUAUCGCAAAAUACAUAUUUCGUACAGAACAAAAAUUCUGAAACUAAUAGUAUCAGAAAUGAAAGAUAUAUAUAAACAAAUAAAUUGCAAUUUUAAAGCUAUAUAUAAAAAGGAACAUUAAAUGGAAAUUGAUGUCAUGGAACACACAAAAUAUCAAUAAAGCAUUAUGAAAGGGACAAAAAAUUCUUCUUUAAUGUUCAUUUGCAACGACGAAAAAAUGUAAA